GGGAUAUUAAGGUCAAGGGUGUGCCUAGGAAUACUGACAUUGCUGAAGCACCAGUGGUGAACACAAAAGAUGGUAAAGCUUUGAAUAAGAAUCUUCUUCCUGCAACCAAACAUGUUGCACCUGCAGAAACUCCCCCUUUUGAGAGAUUGAAAAGGAGAUGGGACAAGAACCCCCCUCUCACCGGUACCCCUGUCCUAACUAAGCAGUCUGCUAAAGACAAGCUGAAGGAGAUGCCGGCCAGGAAGCACAAUUGGAGAUAUGACGACUGGGUGGCAAAGAAUGACUGGACGGCAAAGAACAGCAGUAGUCAGAAAGAGAACGUGGGGCUGGCCACCUCAACGCCGGUGCAAUCUAGGGUGAAGGAACUGAAGAGGCAAGAUGGAAAGAAAGUGGACAUAGACACUCCCAGCAAGUUCCUCAACCCGAAUGUGAGAUACAUUCCCAAGUUUGAGACCGAGGAGUUUCUCGCAUCACUGCAAACCCCAGAGGAUGUGAGAGCUGCAAGGGCCAAAAGAAAGCCCAGUCUGAACGACAGUGAGCUGUUCGAGCUGAUGAGAGCCAAGAUGGAGGUGACCAUCGAACAGAGGAGACAGGAGCGCGAGAGUGCUGUCGCCUCAUCCCAGCGACAAAACGACGAAGUGGACGGAGAUUACGAGGAUGUCCCAACUGCGCUGCAAGGCGUGGUGAUCACUGUUGCUAGACGACUGGCCAAGGACCAGGCAGAGUUUAAUGAGAUUGUCACGUGUCUGGGAGGGGAGUAUCGUUGGACCAUCGACAAUACUUGCACCCAUUUCAUCUUUCAGGGUCGGCAGAACGAUACGACUAAAGAUUUCAAACAAGCAAAGGCCCAGGGCUUGAAAAUUGUUAGUCCCCAUUGGUUGUACAUGUGUAAAGAACAGAAUGCAAGAGUGGAUGAAUCGCUGUUUCCUCACACCUUUAAUCCAAACCUGUCCCUGGCGGUGGUUUCCACCAGAGGAACACCCAUGCGCACUCCGCGUGUACGACGGAACAUCAAAAGUGUCACAGAGCCUCCCAAAUCGGCUGUUACCGCAAAAACUGAAGCUGAAAAAACUUCCCCAUCUGUCGAUAGAAAUUCCGAGGGAGGCAACUCUGGGUCCGGUACACCGGCAAGAAAGGGAGGCAAAUCUCCAGUUGCGAAUCUGGUCUGCAAAUUGACUGGCAGUCUGGAUAAGAGCCCCUCAGAAGAAGAUAAGCAGCAGCCUCAAGAAACAGUGGGGUCUCUGGAGAUGAGAGAAGUGCUCAGCAAGCAGUUGGAGGAUGUGAUGGCUCAGAAUACGUAA